GGAGAAAUAUGGCACAUGGCGGCUAUGGCAAACGGAGAGUUGCCGAACGGAGACCUGUUAGUCGUCGGUCGAAGGGGUUAGGUGUCGAGAAGAAGCAUAAAUCCGUAUCUAUCAAAAACCAGAUUCGAUCGACUGAGCGAAUGCUACGCAAGGAUCUUCCUCCGGGGGUCAGAGAGGUUCAAGAGAAGAAGUUGGAACAGCUCAAGAAGCAACAAGAUAUACAAAAUCGCUUGGCUGUGGAGCGUAAAAUAUUUCUGCGGGACAGAAAGAUUAAGUUUUUUGAGAGAAGAAAAAUUGAGAGGAGAAUAAGGCGUUUGGAAAAACUUCAGCGUGCUGCAUCUGAUCACAACCAGGAGGCAGAUAUUGCUGACCAGCUGUCCAAAUUGAAGGAAGAUCUUGAAUACGUGAGGUUCUUUCCCAAAACCGAGAAAUAUGUUUCUCUAUUCAUCGGAGGCAACGAUGCAGACAUGGUUGAUCGUAGAAACAGGUUGCGCAAACAGAUUAAAGCCAAUAUCAUGGCUGCGGCAGCUAGCGGCAAGGACUUAGAAGAAACUGGAAGCGAGGAUGAUGGCCUUUUGGAUAUGAGUGAGGAUGAUUUCUUUUUGACUGGAAGCUCAAGUGAUGAAGCGGAUGCAGAUGAUGAGUGGACAGAUAAGAGUACGAGAGAGCAAGCUUCAAGUGCUUCUGGGAAAGCAACAUCUGGCAUGUCUAGUGAUGAAAAGAAUCAGAAACAGAUGACAGCUCGAGCUCUUAUGCCUCCUCCUCGGCCAUCGACCAAUUCAUUUAGAAGUAAAAAUCAUGCUCAAAAAAUGGUUGGAAGUUCAUCAAGCCUGAAACCAUCCAUAGAGAAGGUUGCAGUGUCUAUAUCAAGCAACAGAUCUCAUGGCAGGAGUGGCUCUUCCUCCAAAAGCUGGGGAUCCUCCAAUUCCCGGACGGGUCAUAGUAGUAAUCUAAGUUCCAAUUCUGAUGCCCACAAACCCCGAAGAAAAAGGAGGCCUAAAAAGAAGAAACAAGUUUGACUAAUAAACUGCAGGUAUGAGUGAAGGACACUGUAUGAGCAUUUUGGGCCUCCUGGUGUCAUGUAACCUCACUUUGAUCGACUUAACCAGUUCUCUUAUGAUUGUACUAUAUUCAAUCAUAUAAUACCAUUCUAACCAUCAGAUUGUUUUUUCCCGUCAUCGGAGAAACAGAUGGCCUGCAAUUACUUGUUUCUAUAGACAUUAGCUUGCA